AAUAAUUCAUUAAAGAAAUAUGAAGCUUAUUGCUGUAUUGUAACUAGGUAUUUGAUUUGAAGCCAUUGUGAUUUUUCCUUGAAAAAGGCACAAGCAGUGCCAUGGCAUCUCAUCUCUCUACUGGUGUGGUAAACCUGGCAAUGGUCAGGGAAGAAGCAAGACGAGAAUUGUUACGUUUACUUGACAAGUGUGCUGGACCGAAGGCAUUGGUUUGGGACUAUGCUCUCACAGAUCGAUUUGGUCUCAUUGCUGAGUUUCCGCUGCUGAAAGAACAUGAGGUUGAGAGAAUGUUUCCACUUGCUGGAGGAAAACUUGCAAAAUCUACUGUACAGCAUAUUAUAUUUAUAACAAGGCCAAAAUUAGAUCAAAUGGACUUUAUUGCUCAGAAUAUACAGAGAGAGGAAGAUGGAACAGGCUUUGGAAAAGAGUUUCAUGUCUUCUUUGUACCAUGGAAAAGUUAUCUUUGCCUUCAAAAGCUGGAGGAACUUGGAGUUUCAAGCAUGCUGAAAAAUAUAGAAGAAUACAGACUUGAUCUUAUUCCUCUGGAGUAUGAUCUUCUGUCUAUGGAACAUUAUUCUUCAUUAUUUGACUGCACAAUCAAUGAAGAUUACUCGUCACUUUAUUUGGUUGCUAGAGCAUUGAACAGCUUACAGAAACAGUUUGGAAUUAUUCCAAAUAUUCAUUGCAAAGGCAGAUAUGCCCAGAUGGUUUGUGAAAUUAUGAAAAGAAUCCGACUUGAAUCAAAAAGUAGUGAAGAUGAAGGAGAAGUUCCUCCACAAAUUGAUAGAUUAUUGAUUCUAGAUCGUUCUGUUGAUUUAUUGUCGCCGCUCGUUACCCAACUGACAUACGAAGGAUUGAUAGAUGAAGUUUAUGAAAUUAAAAAUGCAACUGCAAAAUUUCCACCUGAAAAGUUUUCCAAAGAAGGUCAAAAUGAUGGAGGCACUACUGAACCGAAGAAGAUCAUACUCUCAUCCAAAGAUGAAUUAUUUGCAAUACUACGAGACAGAAACUUCAAUGCCGUGGGCCCCACACUGAAAGUGACAGCAAAGCAGAUUACUGAGCAGUUUGAGGAAAGGCACGCAGCAAAAACAGUCGGUGAAAUUAAGAAAUUCGUUUCCCAUUUGCCACAAAUGCAACAGGCAAAAGCAAAUUUAGCAAGCCACACAUCAAUAGCAGAAUUAAUCAAGGAACAUACUGAUACUGAGGGAUUUCUAGACACAAUAGCUGUUGAACAGGAGUUUUUAAAUGGAAUCGGAACAGACAAAGUGAAUCCUUAUAUAGAAGAUUGUCUAUUCAAGAAAAAACCGUUGCAUAAAGUACUGCGACUUAUAUGCCUUCAAAAUUUAACCAAUAAUGGUUUAAAGCCAAAGGUGCUCGAUUAUUACAAGCGAGAAAUACUACAUACCUAUGGUUUCGAGAAUGUCAUAACGUUGAGAAACCUUGAAAAAAGUGGUUUGAUGCAAUUGCCAUGCAAGUUAUGGAAUUACAACACCAUCCGUAAAUCCCUGCGUCUUGUAGUAGAAGACAUCAAUGAAAAGGAUCCUCGAGAUAUAGCUUAUGUUCACAGUGGAUAUGCUCCACUUAGUGCAAGAUUGACUCAAAUCCAUUCUCAUCCUGGUUGGCGGAGUAUUGAGGAAGUUCUACGCUUGCUGCCUGGUCCACCCGCUCAACCAAUAAAGCAGUCAGCCCCUCGUAGAAAACGAAUGGGAACCAACACUAGUAAUGGAUCGAUUGUCACUCUUGUGUUCUUUGUUGGCGGCGUUACUUAUGCAGAAAUAUCCGCUCUAAGAUUCCUUUCUUCAUUGGAAAGUGGUGGACCAAAAGAUGAAUAUAUUGUUGCUACAACUUCUAUUAUUAAUGGGAACUCCAUGAUCAAAGGCUUCUUAGAGACUUGUAAUGAUAAAUCAUAAAUCUAGCAUCUUCUACAUAUAUUAUUGUGCAAUAAUUAAUUUGAAAUUGAG